AUGGUGAAGUUUACGUCAUUCUGCAUCGCUUUUUGCGAAGCCAAUAGUUCGAAAUCACCAUUAACGUGUUAUAUUUGUGAUUCAAAUAUUGACGGAGCAGAGUGUCUUCAAUUAAAAUUAAAAGGAGGAGUAUAUAGUUUUAAACAGGAAUGUAAAUCAAGUGAAUAUUUCGGUAGUAAAGUUGAACAAACAAUCGACAAUGUGCUCAGUGUAACUCGUUCAUGCCGUCUAACUGAUAAUAAAAGUUCUGUGGGGUGUUCCUCAGCAACACGAAAUAAAGCGGCAAGUAUUUAA